AUGAGCAUGAGCAUGAGCAUGAGCAUGAGCAUCUGCUGCUUGCUCCACUCCGCUUCACCCGCUACGCCCAAAGUGGCUGCAGCAACAGCAUGCGUCUCGGCAGCUCUUCCUAUUGCCCGUUACUCACCCCCCGUCUCAUCGGUACACGUCCUGCACGCGAAGCGGCCAGACGGCUUCAAACACCUGUUCUCCGCCCUUGGGUCCCUACCUGCUCCUGCUACCGCUACCGCUACCGCUGCCGCUGCCGCUACCGCUACGAGUACUGUCCUUGCCCGAGUCAGCCAGCACGCCUACUGUUGUUGCUGCUGCUGCUGCUGUUACUACUACUGCUACAACAUGCUACUUGACAAACCCUUUUCACAAAUGCCCAUCCCUAAACCCCAUGUCGCCCAGCAAACUAACGCCACAUUGCUGUGCCUCCAGUCACCAGCCUUUACCCUCGAGCCCUACUUCUUCAUCGCCACACACACACACACACACUAG